AUGCAGGGCCUCACAGCCAACUGUGCUGACAAGGAGGCUCAUAUUGAUGAUUAUGAGAUCCUCCACACCAUUGGCGAAGGCAGCUUUGCUAAAGUGAAGCUGGCCCGGCACAUUCUGACCGGGACACAGGUGGCUGUGAAGAGGGGCAUCGUGCACCGGGACCUGAAGCCACCGAACCUCCUAUUUGAUGCCAACAUGAAUAUAAGGCUUACAGACUUUGGCUUCAGCAACAAGUGUGAUGACAGCGGGAAACUGGACACGCUCUGCGGCACACUCCCGUAUGCUGCCCCGGAACUCUUGCUGGGGCAGAGCUACAGCGGCCCUGUGGUGGACGUGUGGAGCCUGGGAGUAGUUCUCUACAUCAUGGUAACCAGGUCCCGGCCCUUUGUGGGAAAAGACUUGCGGGAGCUGCGGAUGCAAAUCUUAAAAGGGCAAUACCCCAUUCCAAAUUACUUGUCUUUAGAGAUAAGGAGUCUCUUACAAAAAAUGACUGCCCUCAACCCCAGUGACAGAGGCACCUUACCUGACCUCAUGAGGCACCCAUGGGUGAAUAUGGGCCGGAAGAAGCCACCUCAGGCCACCCUGUGAA